AUGUCGUCGAAAAAUCAGAAUUACAUAAGAGUACGGUAUUAUAACAAUCACAUGCUGCAAGUGCGACCGGUUCCUCUUAAGAUGGACAAACGAAAAUAUUCUAAGGACCAGUUAACCUUCGCUAGUAAAGAAGUUCGAAGUGGUAGUCUUAGACAGCAUGGAGCAGCCAAGAAAUACAAUAUUCCUAAAGCUACCCUGCAUAUUGUUGUUGAACAUUUGGUGAGUAAAGAUGUCCAUUUUGAGAAAGAAAAGCGACGUUUAGAAAAGUUAUUGCAAGAAUGUUUUUCCGACGAAGAAGAUGUGAACGAUUUUGAACCCAACGGAACAUCAGAUGAAUUUAAACCCGAAUCCAAGAACGAAUUUAACUCUGAUUCAUCAGAAUAUUACCCAUGCAAGAAGAAGAAAGUUUUAACAAAAAUUUUGAAAGUUUGA